AUGUGUAUAUCCUGCAUAAUAUCAAACAAGUCGAUGGCCAUGACAAAGUUGUUAGGUUCACAAUAUGACAAGAAAAAGCUCUUUAGAGAAGUUCCAAUUGCUUUGAGGUACCAAUUAGAGAAAUAUAAGAUAUUAGUACUUCAAAUUUUUGUCCAAAAGUCAUCAUUCUCCGAAGCAGCUAGAGUUUCUCUCAUUAAUUUUAUGAAAAUCUUUGGAAAAAGACUUCAACAAGAAUAUCCAUAA